AUGCUCCUCGGGUUCCUACUCUUGUUUGUACGAGCCGUGGCUGCCUCCGUAUACUUGGGGUUUCCGUUCAGUGAACAGCUUCCCAAUGUGGCUCGGGUCAACCAAUCCUAUACUUUUACUAUGGCGAACACCACCUACAAAUCGUCCGACGGAACCGUGCUGUAUUCGGCUCUGAACCUCCCCAAGUGGUUGUCGUUCGAUUCUGGGUCGCGUACGUUUUCAGGAACGCCGUCAAAGGACGAUGAGGGCACGUUCGAAAUCACCCUUUCUGGAACAGAUUCUUCUGACGGGUCCACAAUAUCCAACAAUUACUCCAUGAUAGUCUCCGCCGACAAAGGGUUGCACUUGACGUCGCCAGACGUCAUGUUCACGCAAAUUGCCCGCUAUGGAGACACCAAUGGCCACGACGGGUUAGUGGUGAAACAGGGCCAGCAAUUCAGUCUUAAAUUUGACUCUUCUGUGUUCGAGUCCGACUCAGGUGCCACCCGAAGCAUCGUAGCGUACUACGGACGGUCGCUGGACCGGGGAUCGCUUCCCAAUUGGAUCAAUUUUGACUCAAACACCUUGACUUUUUCAGGUACCGUUCCCUAUGUCACAUCGGAAAACGCUCCGUCCAUGGAAUAUGGCUUCAGCUUCAUAGCGUCCGACUACAAGGGCUAUGCUGGGUCCGAGGGAAUCUUCAAGUUGGUGGUGGGAGGCCAUCAAUUGAGUACAUCGUUGAACGAAACCAUCAAACUUAACGGUACUCUUCGCAGUGAAAUUGACGAACAAGUGCCAAUUCUCUCGUCUGUGUUUCUAGACGGCAACAAGAUUUCCCGGGAUAACAUUUCCACCGUUUCUGGCGAAGAUCUCCCCGAUUAUCUCCACUUCAAUCUGGACAAUUAUACCAUCACUGGUGAGUUUCCCGAAAAGUCAACGUUCGACAACUUCACCAUUAUGGUCUACGAUGUAUACGGCAAUUCCGUCGAGUUGCCAUACCUGAUCGAUGCCAUUGGCUCGGUGUUCACCGUCAAAGAUCUCCCCGAUGUCAAUGCUACUCGCGGUCAAUUCUUCUCGUACCAAUUGAUGAAGUCCAUUUUUACCGACUACAACAAUACCAAAGUUUCGGUGGCUUUGGACAAUGCCAGCUGGCUCACCUACCAUCAAGACAACAUGACAUUCAAUGGUAUUACUCCCAAGAAAUUCGACCUGUUGACCGCCAAGAUUACUGCAGAGUCAGACUACGAUGAGGAAACAAAGUCGCUUAAUAUCAAUGGUGUCGACAAAACAAAGACGUCGUCUUCCUCCUCGUCUUCCGCGACCUCAUCGUCUUCGUCUUCACCUACACCUUCAUCUUCCUCGACCGAAGCAUCUAAUCAAAACCAUAAAAAGUCAUCUGGUAUAAAUCGAAAAGCCUUGGCUAUUGGAUUGGGAGUUGGGAUUCCGGCAUUCCUCAUACUUCUCGCUGCAUUGAUCUUCGUUGUUUGCUUGUGCAGAAGGAGAAGAAACACCAACAAAGACUCCGAUAAUCCAGAAGCUGACAUGAGUAAUACUACUGCGACAGGUUUCGCUGCCAAUGAGAAAGGUACCUCGGAAGAUACUGCUAGACAGGCUGGAGUCCUAGGUGCUUUGAAGUCCACAAACAUGGAGAGCAAUUCCACAUCUUCGUCUAUCACUCACGUCGAUUCUCAUUCUGACGAAGACAGGUUUUACGAUGCUACUGAAAAGCCACUCAAGUCGUGGAGAGCAGACGAUGUUUCCGAUGAUGCCAAUGGUGGUACCGCGGCUGGAAAUGCUGCUCUCUAUAGAGCCUCGAAUGGUUCUAUGAGCACCGUCAAUACCGAACAAUUGUUCUCGGUGAGGUUAAUCGACGACAAUUCGUACCGGCAAUCCAAUCAGUCGUCACUUCCCGCUGGGCAAUUUAUGAGCAAUGGCUCUUUAAACGCCUUGUUGAACCGAAGCGAUUCAGGCAACUUCCAACGAAUUGAUAGCGAUGGUAAUAUCAUUACUUCCCCCAACCAAUCCCCCAAAAAGAAGAUCUCCAGGUCUCCUUCUGAAAACCUUCAUGUCCUCAUGGAAGAGUCCGGCAGCCGAGACGUAAGCGGUAGCAGCCAUAAUAAGCAAACGCUCGAGCCACAAGACAAACCUAGUGGAGCCAGCAGCUUCAAAUUCUUGAAUCGUUUCAAUGAUUCGGAACCUAAUUCAAGCAACCCAUCUGCAUCUUCUAGUGACCAACAAAUCAGCCAAAGCUUGGUAGGUGACUUCAAAGCUACAAGACACCAAGACGGAACUUUCCAGUGGUUGGACAAUUCCAGAGAGAACCUCUUACCAGAAAGCCCGCCCAUUUCCCCGGUCAAGGCACGGCCAGUUUCACAACAUUCUAAUGGGAGCAGAAUCAGCAUAAACAACUACGUUGGAAACAAGGCCAAAUUGGUGGACUUUACCAGAAAAGGCAGUUUACGAGAGUCUGCGUACGAACCUGAUUACCAGUAUCAGGAAGAAUCAGCACAGAUUCAAAACGACAGUGAUUAG